AUGAUUUUGGCCUUGCAUCAUGCUGCAGCCUUGCUGAGACCGAGACCGAACCGAAUGGAUUGUUGGGGCUGUGCCAUGUCGAUGGUCAACACAUGGAUUUUGUGUCUUUUUCUCCUUCAAGCAGUCCAUGCCAUAGGCACGUGCUGCAUCGAGGGCCAGUCUUCAGACACCGACCAGAUGAGUUGUUUACAGACAAGACAUGCGAAGAGCAGAUCAGCAGAGGAUGCUGCCAGCAACACCGCGGCAGAACCCCAAUCGAGCAAAAAGCCUGCAGAUGCGGAUGUCAACUCUGCUGAAAGCAUGCAGCGCACGAAUGGAUGGACAGACCAAGCGCACCAUCAUUCAGGAUUUCGAGAAGGAGCACCUCAUUCCCGUCAUCACGUUCCAGAUCAUACAGUCGUAGUGCAUCAUUGGUUUGUUGAUGAUGAUAAGUUCCCUGACCAUCAUACUGGGUCGCAUCAGCAUCCGCAUUCUCAGCACCAUAACCGCAAUCAUCAUUCUCGAACGGAAGCUCCAUGGUGGGCUGAUGACACCGUCCAUCAUUCACGGCAUUCUCCAACCGUGUGGCCAGACACACCGGGAUGGACUACGUAUACACCGACGUGGACCGAUCCGUGGACUACAACCCCACCAUGGACAGACCAUCACAACAAUCCACCUUGGUGGCACAGCCACCACCAGCCCCAUCAUCAUUGGACAACCACUACGUAUUGGGACGACUGGCCUUUCACCACCCAAACCCCAUAUUAUCCACCCGGCACUACUGACCAAGCGCAAACAACGUCUCAGUCAACAUCUACGCCACCCGUCACGACAGCUGCAUCAGGAUACACAUCAUCUACUCCACCUGAUGACACAACCCCGAGUGUGCCAAGCACCUCUUCAGCAGCUGAACCUACAACAUCCAAGCUUGAAACAACAACUGUAACAGAUCUAACAGAGCUGUCGACAACUUCGACAACCGCAGCUUCAACCUCCUCAUCCAGCACGGCAACGACAGCAGGUCCGACUAGCCCAACUAGUGCAAGUACGACUGGUACUUCAGUUACUGCAGCUCCUUCGAGCACUACUCCGCAUGCGUCUUCGAGCACAGCAAGCUCAGCCGGAACCACGACGGAAGCUGCAGCUCCAGCUUCAUCUUCAACAAUUGGUCAGACAACGACCACCGGUGUACCAACCACGCAGCAAACUUCUUCGUCGAAGUCUUUGAUGCCCUCGACAUCAUCAACAGUGUCGACCACGGCUCCAACAAGCACCACUACUCUCCCAGCCAAGACGACUGCAACACCUACUUCAACCACCAUAGAAACAGUCAGCGCAACCUCAACUUCAGCUGCUGGGACCACCCAAAAGCCUAGCAGCACAGGAAUGUCAACAUCAACUCCGCCUGUGACAACAAGUGUUACAACGAGCGCAGUGGAAACGACCACAUCUACCACUGUGCUUGACACGACACACCUUUCCACAACCAAUGCAGCAACAACUGCAACAACAACGACGACGACAACAACAGCAGCAGACACAACCACUACUCCAGGCACUACUGCAGGAACAACGGCAUCAACAGCUGCAGCAACUUCUGGCCCGAUGUCGAGCACCCAAUCACCAACAUCGGUGACAACCACCACUGCGAGCCCGACAACCAGCCCGGCAACUACCUCACCGACAGGUGCAAGCGACCUACGAACACAUCCUCCUGACAUGUCCAACAAGCACUGCCGUCCUCUUGAUGCUGCUGGAAACCCGAUGGGUCUGCACAUCCGUGUGCGGAAGGAGGUACACAACAUCAAUGAAGAUGAAUGGGUGCUAUUCCGAGAUGGGAUGCAAGCUUUGAAGGUCAGGUACACGCAAGACCCGUCUUCAUUUCAAUGUCCAACGAAUCAUGGCUUCUGCAAUGACUUUCGUGACUACCCGCAGACUUGGGAGUCCUUCAUCUCCCUGCAUCCGCGGCUACACGAUGAAGCCAAUGACUUUCUGGUGGCCCACAGAAAGUUUGUCUACGACAUGGAGACAGUACUCCAGAAUCUAACUGGAAGUUGUGAGCUCUUCAUCCCCUACUUCCAGUCUUUUGCCUUUUCUGUCGAUCCAAUGUCUGCCCCUGUUUGGUCAGCGAAUCGCUUGGGAAGCCUCCCGUCUUGGUGGGAAACACGUGACUGCGAGUAUGGUUUCUUCAACGAUCCAGCUUGGUGCGUGGACGAUGGACUUGCGCAAGGAUGGACAUCACCAGUUGCCGGUGCUGCGCAAUGCGGCGGAUGCAUUGCACGAAAUCCCCGCGGCGUGACCACCAGCAUUGGUGUGAACAUGGCCCAGGUUAUCUCUGGAAUGCGAUCUCCUUCCCGGCAAACGCUGGAGGCAUUCACAGCUUGGCUCGAUCCCAUUCACGGUUUGCUGCAUGUCAUCAUCGGUGGCAUAAUGGCAUUUAUUCAAGAUGCGCCAGCAGAUCCGGCAUUCUUUCUCCAUCACUCCAAUGUAGAAUGGGCGUUCCAUUGGUGGCAAGUCAACAAUGUUCUUCGCACGGACAUCCUGACUGCGGACACCUUCAACUGCGCUACAUGCGGACAGUCCAUGGCUGGGUAUGGUGAAGCCCGGGCAGAGUGGAUGGGAAGCGGUUACGAUGCAGUCCACCAGUGCAUCAUGAUCCCCAAAACAGAUCCUGUGGCGUGUAUUGCCUAUGAGCCGUUUAGCAAUGCGCAGCCAGGGCCAGGAGGUUUUGCAGGACUUUUGUCUCCUAACUUGGGAUCAGCUGUGUCACGAUCGGCUUCGGAUUGCAAUCUCCUCAUUGCCAAGAUGGAGAUGGGCCAGUGUCCGCCGAAUGUGCUGCAGGACGUUGCCAGGACCUUCCGCUUCAACAAGGAGGUUUUCACCACCGCAUGUCGUGCUUUUCCCGAGUCUGGACGCGGAUCCAUGGAUGCUGGAUGCAUUGCUCAGAUGGAGCAGCAAUGUGCUGACGUCGCAAGCGAGAUCGAGUCGGACGAUUCAACUGCUCCUCAUGGCGACCCAGAUAAUGAGGUCGAGCGUAUUAGUGGCAUGAAGUGCUCUGAGGCCGUCAAACUGUGCUCAUGA